AUGGAACAGUCGGAAUGGCGGGGAACAGCUGGACCAGAAACAGCUGGAACUGGGGGGCGGGAACAGUCUGGAAUGGUGUCACUCUGUCCCCGCUGUCACUCUGUCCCCUCUGUCCCCGCUGUCCCUCUGUCCCUGUGUCACUCUGUCCCCGGUGUCACUCUGUCCCCGCUGUCACUCUGUCCCCUCUGUCCCCGGUGUCCCUCUGUCCCCGCUGUCACUCUGUCCCUCUGUCCCCGGUGUCCCUCUGUCCCCGCUGUCACUCUGUCCCCUCUGUCCCCGGUGUCACUCUGUCCCCUCUGUCCCCAGCUGUCCGAGGGUGUGGACAGGUACAUCUCCAAGUUCGAGCUGGACCAGGACAAAGAGCGGAGCAACGUCGUCAUUUACCUGGACAAGGUGUCGCACAAGGCCCAGGAAUGUUUCGCCUUCAAGGCCCACCAGAGGUUCCAGGUGGGGCUGAUCCAGCCCGCGGCCGUCAGCGUCUACAGCUACUACAGCAUCGACGAUCGCUGCACCCGGUUCUACCACCCGGACAAGGAGGGAGGGAAACUGAGCAAGAUCUGCCAGGGGGACGUUUGCCGCUGCGCCGAAGAGAGCUGCUUCAAGCGCCAGGAGGAGCCCGGUGACAUCACGGUUAACCAGCGCAUGGACCGCGCCUGCGAGCCCGGGGUGGACUUCGUGUACAAGGUGAGGCUGGUGGCCCAGGAGGACACCCCGUCCUAUGACAAUUACGUCAUGGAGGUCCUGUCAGUCAUCAAGAUGGGCACGGACGAGGACCCGGCCGGGAGCAACAGGACCUUCGUGAGCCACCAGCAGUGCAGGGACGCGCUGAGGCUGUGCAGGGGACAGGACUACCUGGUCUGGGGACAGGCCAGCGACCUCUGGGCCACCGGCAGGCAGUACUCGUACCUGAUCGGGAAGGACACCUGGCUGGAGGAGUGGCCCUCCGAGGCCGCCUGCCAGGACCCGGCUCUCCAGCAGCGCUGCCAGGACUUCGUCGAGUUCUCCGAGUCCAUGACGUUCUUCGGCUGUCCCACCUGAGUCCCCGAGGUGUCACCUCCCCUGGGGUGUCACCAACCCGCCGGUGGCACCCAGUCCUGGGGUGUCACGGCUCUUCUCCGGUCACUUUUUGUCCCCUCCUCGCAUUUUUUCGGUUGGGUUUUUUGGGGUUUUUUUGGUUAAAAAAGUCAUUUCUGAGCAA